CGUCAGUUGACUUAUGCAUUUAGAGUUUAUUUGUUAAGUAAGCCUGAUGGCUUCUUUUUUAAAUGAUUUCCCUUGAUGUUUAGAUGUGAUGGCUUCUUUUGCAAGCUAGUAUUUAGAAGAGAAUUCCUAAAACAUGAAUGCACAAAGCUUUACAUUAGCCGAAAGGUUGAUUCCUUCUACUUAUGUUCAGCAAGCUGUAUCAGCCAAAAAGUGGCGUGAAAACUUAAUUAAAACAUUUAUAGAACAGCGUAAAUGGCCUGAAGAAGGAUGGGAUGAUGCUACUAUUGAGUUAUUUUUAAAUGAUCUUGCUCAUAUGGAUUGUAACAAUUUUCCAGAAAAUAGUGGAGUUGGUGAAAGAGAAGCUCGUUUUGCAUCAGGUUUGGUUGCUCGAAGGCAUUUCAGGCUAGGACAUGGUAUUGGUAGGUCUGGUGAUAUUGGUGAAGUUCAACCAAAAGCAGCUGGCUCAAGUCUGAUGACAAAACUUGCUAAUGCUCUCCUUCUAGAUACAAUCAGAUUUAUGGGUGUAAAAAACUCAGCAGGAUGUUUCUUGGUUCCUAUGGCUACUGGAAUGAGCCUGGUUUUGUGCAUGCUUACUAUCAAGCAAGAUCGUCCUGGUGCUAAAUUUGUUUUAUGGUCUCGUAUUGAUCAAAAAUCUUGCUUCAAAAGUAUAUUAACUGCAGGUUUACAGCCAAUUAUUGUUGAACCAGUUUUGAGUGGAGAUGAAUUGAGAACCGAUGUUCAUGGAAUGGAAACCCAGAUCACAACUCUUGGCUCUAACAAUAUUGUUUGUGUACUCUCAACAACAAGUUGUUUUGCUCCACGAGCGUCUGACUCUUUGGAACAUAUUGCUACUUUGUGUAGUCGCCACAACAUUCCUCAUCUCGUGAAUAAUGCAUAUGGCUUACAAAGUGCUCGCCUAAUGCAUUUGAUUCAAGAAGCUGCCAAAAAGGGAAGAGUUGAUGCAUUUGUUCAGAGUACAGAUAAGAACUUAUUGGUCCCGGUAGGGGGUGCUAUCAUUUCAGGAUUUGACAAAGGUCUUCUAGAAAGGAUAUCUCGAAAUUACCCUGGACGUGCAUCUGCCAGCCCUGUGAUAGAUGUUUUUGUGACAUUACUAUCAUUGGGUAGUAAUGGUUAUAAAAAUUUAAUUUACGAACGUAAAGAAAUGUUUAAGUACCUAAAAGAAGAGCUUGGAAAAAUAGCUACUAAACAUGGAGAACGAAUUUUGGACACUCGAAAUAAUCCCAUUUCAAUGGCUAUGACAUUGAGUUCUGUAAAUUCAGCUACUGACUCAAAGAGGGUUAGUCUUUUGGGUUCAAUGUUAUUUUUGCGUGAUGUAACUGGUACUAGAUGUAUUACCGGAAUAGAGCACAAAGAUGUUGCAUCAUAUCAGUUUGAUGGAUGGGGAGCACAUCAUAGUAAUGCACCGUGUCCAUACAUAACUGCUGCUGCAGGUAUAGGGAUGAAGAAAUCUGAUGUUGAUCUGUUUGUGCAUCGCCUAGACAAGGUGCUUGCUAAGCUGAAAAUUAGAUCAGGGCCUUUGACUCCUACUUCUGUAGAAGAGUUAGGAUCAAGUGGUCGCAGAUCAACUGGUCGGGUAGUAAAUGGAGAAUCCAGUGAACAAGGUAGCAGUGCCGGUACAUCCCUUGCUAGUAGUAAAGACAGUUUAAGAAAGUGAUUGUUUAUAUAAAUGUGUUCCAAGCCUGUAACAUGGCAUCAAGACUUGUGUAUAAAUACUUUGUUUGAUAAAAUGUAUAGGAAUAAUAACAUAGAUUUAGGACACUUCUUUAAUUAAAGCAACUUAAUUUUUUGUUGCAUUAUUUUUUUAAAAUAUUAAGCUUAAUUGAUGGAUCUUUUUAAUUUAUAUUAAAUGUACACAAAUUAUUUUUAUUUAUUUUUUUAUUGAACUUUAUAU